GACCAGAGGCACUUCCUCAAACCGCUGCAAGCACGCGCUUGAACGUUUCCUCCCUGACAGUUGUCUGUCGUGCUGUUUUUUGGAUACUGUCGUUGUCCCUUUUGUCCAUUGUUUGAUCGUUGUUUUGUUUUUUGUUUUUUUUUUGCCGCGGUGAUGCUCGCGGGACUCUUGCGCGUGCUCGCGCUGGCCGCCCUGCUCACCUGCUGCGCGAGGCGCGUGCUCGGCGCGGGGCUCACCAGCAACGUCCUCCUCAUCGUCACCGACGACCAAGAUCAAAUUCUGGGGGGUAUGACACCAAUGAAGAAGACCAAAUCACUGAUCGGAGACGCGGGCGCCACCUUCAUCAACUCGUUUACGGUAACGCCGCUGUGCUGCCCGAGCCGCUGCAGCAUCCUGACCGGUCGCUACCCUCACAAUCACCUGGUCAGGAACAACUCGCUGUCCGGGAACUGUUCUAGCGCGGCAUGGCAGAGCCGAGGCGAGUCGGAAGCCUUCCCCGUUUUCCUCAGCAAGAGCGGCUAUCAAACCUUCUUCGCCGGCAAGUACCUCAACCAGUACGGCGACAAAAAAGCAGGCGGUGUCGGCCACGUUCCGCCGGGGUGGGACCAGUGGCACGCGCUGGUGGGCAACUCCCGCUACUACAACUACACCCUGUCCAGAAACGGGGUGGAGGAGAAGCACGGCGACAACUACACAGAAGACUACCUCACCGACCUCAUUGCCAAUCGCUCUCUUCAGUUCCUGGACAACCGAAGCCCUCAGCGUCCGUUCUUCCUGAUGCUGGCCCCGCCCGCACCGCACUCGCCCUGGACCGCCGCGCCGCAGUACCGCCGACACUUCGCCGACGUCAAAGCGCCCAGAGAUGGAAGCUUCGACAAGGCGGCCAAGGACAAGCACUGGCUGCUGCGCCAGCCCGUCAACCCCAUGCCCAACAGUUCGCUCGACUUCCUGGAUGAUGCGUACCGAAAGAGAUGGCAAACGCUGCUGUCGGUGGACGACCUGGUGGAGACACUGGUGAGGAAGCUGGAGGAGCUGAAGGAGCUCAACAACACGUACGUGCUCUUCACGUCAGACAACGGCUACCACACAGGUCAGUUCUCUCUGCCAAUCGACAAGCGUCAGUUGUACGAGUUUGACAUCCGCACGCCGCUGCUGGUGCGCGGCCCCGGCGUGAAAGCCAACACCACGGUGAAGGCUCCCGUGCUGAACAUUGACCUCGCGCCGACCAUUCUGGACAUCGCCGGCAUCAACGUGUCGGCCGCCAAUGCGGACGGACAGUCCUUUCUGCCUCUGAUGGCACCGGCGUUGCGCAACGGCUCUGCGCGCCCUUACUUCCUGGUGGAGCACACGGGCGAGGGGCUGUCCAGCGGAGACCCCAGCUGCCCCAAGAAGGGCCCUGGCCUGGCUGAAUGUUUCCCUGACUGCGUGUGUGAGGACUCUUUGAACAACACGUAUGCCUGCGUCCGGACGCUGGAUGGACACGACAACAUGCAAUACUGCGAGUUCGCAGACAAUGAGUCAUUUGUGGAGGUGUACAACCUGGGCUCGGACCCCCACCAGCUGGAGAACAUUGUGAAGAAGGUGGACCCGGCCGUGCUUCAGACCAUGAACCAGCGGCUCAUCAAGCUGCAGUCUUGCCAGGGCGCCGGAUGCCGCGCCUUGUCCACGUGAAGGCCACUCGCAGCCAAGCAAGCCGUCUUGUCAUGCUUGGACUUGGCGGUGAACACGUCGGUGAGACGCCUCUUCUUUUUUUUCCACCUGAAAAGCAUCGAAACCAAAGCUGCCAUUUUGAUUAGCACCGGCCACGAAGGCCGACUUCCAGUGUUUCACUAAACCUGCGCUCCACUUCCUGUUUAGUCACAAGAUGGAAAAUCUGCCAAAAACAAAUAACGAAUGUGCGCGGGGGGGUCUGUACAACACUCACAACUCUGUGAACGGUUGUCGUACGAAACGAGAAUUCUUUAGUUCCCUUUUCAUUGAUUACUCUGUGCCUUUUUUUUCAAAUGAGAAGUCCAACUUGUGAAGGUGACCUCUCAAAAUCACUUGAAUUCCAUCUUCAUGCUAGGCCAGCUAAUUUAGCAUGUCGACUGCAAUGAAAUGUUCCUUUUCCAAAUGAUUUUGUCAUCUCCAUGCCACUGUUGCUUUUUUUUUUUUUUAAAUCAUACUUUCAAUGAAAUAUUUACAAAGAGAUGAAACGGUCUCAUUUUAAAUAGUUUUGCUGUUAUGUAUUGCAACUGUUUGCACUGCCUGCUGGCAUCACUGUGAAAGUUUGCACUGUGAAAAAUGAAAAUAAAUCGAUUGUAGCUUU